AUGGGCCAGCUCCUAUCGCAUGUGCUGCCGCCGCCUGUCUAUGGGUUUAUCUCUAGGUAUACACAGAACCCGCUAAACCUCUUUCUCUUCAGCAUAUGUGGACCUUUGCUUAUCUUCCUGUUUUUUAUUCCUCACUCCUCGUCCGACCUUGUGAUGCCCAAAGUGUCAGACGCACGCAAGAUGCAUCCUGGAUCACAGUACUCAACCCUACCUGAAAGCCAUCCUAAGUCUAUUGAAUUCGUGGAGUAUACGCCACGUACGCUGGCCCUCUUUGAUGGCUCGGGGACCAACGAGGCGAACCCCGAUAACAAGAUUCUUCUGGCCAUUGAUAGCCAGGUGUUUGAUGUAUCAAGUGGCCGUCACUUUUAUGGUCCUAGUGGCCCGUAUGGCAACUUUGCCGGCCGCGAUGCGUCGCGUGGCAUGGCCAAGCAGUCUUUUGACUUGGAAAUGAUCACGCCACUUGACCAGCCUCUGGAUACAUUGGAGGACCUGACAAUGGAGGAACGGUAUGAAAAACAUGAAUGA